AUGAAUACACAAAAUCCUAGUCCGCUUAAUGCUGAUCGGGACUCAGCCGCUACAAAUGGCCGUGAGUUGGUCGAAUGUAUCCAAGGAGGUUGGUUCAUGGAACGAAGCCCCCUGUGGCCGGGGCAGGCGCUGGCACUGGAGGUUCAGCGCGUUCUGUACCAGGGGCGCUCUCGCUUCCAAGACAUUUUGGUUUUUGACUCCAGAGCACACGGCCGUGUAUUGGUUCUCGAUGGAGCUAUUCAGGUCACAGAACGAGACGAGUUUGCGUACCAGGAGAUGAUCACACACUUGCCGAUGUUUGCACACCCGCGACCCGAGCGGGUGCUGGUGGUUGGCGGCGGCGACGGCGGCGUGCUGCGGGAGGUUCUGCGACACGACGCUGUGGAUAAGAUGCUUGAAAAAGUUGUGCUUUGCGAGUUGGACGAAGAUGUGAUACGAGUGAGUCGGGACUAUCUACCAGGGGUUUCCGGGGGCGCACUCGAUGGAACCAACGCCAAAGUGUCGAUCGCGAUCAUGGAUGGAGCGGCUUUCAUGCAACAGCAUCAGUCGCAGUUUGAUGUGAUCAUCACGGACUCUUCAGAUCCGCUGGGUCCAGCGGAAAGUCUUUAUCAGGAACCCUUCUUCAGAUCGAUGUAUGCCGCUCUUCGGGAGGGUGGCAUUGCAUGUGUUCAGGGGGAGAGUUUUUGGUUGCACCUUGAUCUCAUCGUCAGUGUUGUGCGCAUCCUUCGCAAUAUCUUCGAUGUGGUUGAGUACGCUUCAGCGAGCGUUCCGACCUAUCCGAGUGGCCAGAUAGGAUUCCUGCUCUGUGGAAAGGGAACGGUAUGGCGCAACGGCGGUCGACCACGACACGCGGCUCGGCGACCCAGUGAAAAACUGCAACGUCACCUGCGCUACUACAGUCCCGAGAUGCACGAGUCUGCCUUCGUUCUGCCACCUUUCGUUGAAAAAGCAAUUGCUGGAGCGCUCCAGCAUCCGCUGGAGGCGAGCUGA